ACUCUCUCCAGGCGCCGCUCUCUCUUUCCUUCUUUCUUUCUCUCUCUCUCUCUGAGAAUGGUCAGUCAAUUUCACCACUGAGAGAGCUCAAAAUCGCCUGACCUUGACCUUACUCUCUCUAUCUCUUCCCCGAGAAAACCACCUCCCAGUGUAGAUAACCAGAAGAAGAUAAGCCAAGAUGGAAUCUGGAGAAUUUCCUGCAUGGCUUGAGGUUCUGUUAAAAGACAAGUUUUUCAACGCUUGUUUGGAUCAUGAAGAUGAUAAGAAGAACGAGAAGAACAUAUUAUGUAUCGAUUGUUGUCUUACCAUCUGUCCUCACUGUCUCUCUUCUCAUACCUCUCAUCGUCUUCUUCAGAUAAGAAGAUACGUGUAUAGAGACGUUUUGAGGGUUGAAGAUGGUUCUAAGCUAAUGGAUUGCUCUUUAAUUCAGCCAUACACAACGAACAGUUCAAAAGUUGUGUUCAUCAAUGAACGGCCUCAGUCUCGACAAUUUCGUGGUUCCGGUAACAUUUGUAUCACCUGUGACCGGAGUCUCCAGUCUCCUUACCUCUUCUGCUGUCUCUCCUGCAAGAUUAGUGACGUCAUAAUGAGACAAAGAGGACUCUCAGGGUUUCUCCGCGUCUGCAACGUUCUUGAUUUAACCGACGAAGUCACGACAACGACACCGAGUUCCACUCUCGAGCCCACCGGGUCGAACCGAACAUCUUCCGAGUCAAGUGGUAACGAAGGAGAAGACAUGUUCUGGUGUCAGGCGCUCGCUUGCACCGCCACUACUGAAAUCGUUAGGAAGAAAAGAAGCAGCUUGUCGACGACUUGCAGGAGAGUCACGGAGGUGGUUUCAACGACUAACACGGAAGCUCCGGUGAACUUUUUAAACCGUCGGAAGAAUCCGCCGCAACGCGCCCCGCUUUAUUAACUCGUGACGUUUGGCGAAAUUUGGUUGGUCCAAGUGGUAAGUAGAAUGAAUACACGUAACUACUAUAGUCUUAUUUUAUAUUGUUAAUCAAUAUCUCUAAAUAACGAAUCGAAUUUUAGGUUUUUUUAAGAAAUGGAAUUAAGAAUAGUUGAAAAGAUCUCUCCUGGUUUUGUCUGACUCUGAUAUCUGUACCGCGUAAUGAGAGAACUCUAUGUUAUUUAAUUUAAAUACUUUUCGUAUAAUGAAACAUGUUUUCGUA